UCAGAGGCACCGGGGGAGCCGCACGCACCGCUCCGCCUCUCCCCGCACUGUGCCCCGCAGCGCUGUGCCCGGCCCCGGUGGAGGGAGGGGGGGGGGGUCGGGGUGCAGCUCCGGGGGGCUCCAUGCGAAGAGGGCUGAAGGUGCCUCUCUUCCCCGAGCUGACAUGGAGCAGCUGAAGUGACCCGAGGAGCUGUCACAGCCGUGCCAGGAUGGGCUGUGUGCACUGCAAGGAGAAGAUGUCCGGCAAGGGGCAGGGGGGGAGCAGCACGGUGACCCCCGCUCACCCGCCCUCCCAGUACGACCCCGACCCCACGCAGCUCAGCGGUGCCUUCACCCACAUCCCUGACUUCAACAACUUCCACGCUGCAGCCGUGCCCUCCCCUGCACCCUUCUCAGGGCCGAGCUUCUACCCCUGCAACACGCUGCAGGCACACAGCAGCAUCACUGGUGGGGGUGUGACGCUCUUCAUUGCCCUGUAUGACUACGAGGCCAGGACGGAGGAUGACCUGAGCUUCCAGAAAGGGGAGAAAUUCCACAUCAUCAACAACACCGAGGGUGACUGGUGGGAGGCACGGUCGCUGAGCUCAGGUGCCACGGGUUACAUCCCCAGCAACUACGUGGCCCCCGUGGACUCCAUCCAGGCAGAGGAGUGGUACUUUGGAAAGAUCGGGCGCAAGGAUGCAGAGCGGCAGCUCCUGUGCCAUGGCAACUGCAGGGGCACCUUCCUCAUCCGUGAGAGCGAGACAACAAAAGGCGCCUACUCCCUCUCCAUCCGGGACUGGGAUGAGGCCAAGGGCGACCACGUGAAGCACUAUAAGAUCCGUAAGCUGGACAGCGGGGGUUACUACAUCACCACCCGGGCACAGUUUGACACCAUCCAGCAGCUGGUGCAGCACUACAUAGAGCGGGCGGCCGGGCUGUGCUGCCGCCUGGCCGUGCCGUGCCCCAAAGGGACCCCAAAGCUGGCCGACCUGUCGGUCAAAACCAAAGACGUGUGGGAGAUCCCCCGCGAGUCCCUGCAGCUGCUGCAGAAGCUGGGCAACGGGCAGUUCGGGGAAGUGUGGAUGGGGACGUGGAACGGCACCACCAAGGUGGCAGUGAAGACACUGAAGCCAGGCACCAUGUCCCCCGAGGCCUUCCUGGAGGAAGCUCAGAUCAUGAAGAGGCUGCGGCACGACAAGCUGGUGCAGCUCUACGCCGUGGUGUCAGAGGAACCCAUCUACAUCGUCACUGAGUUCAUGAGCCAAGGCAGCUUGCUGGACUUCCUAAAGGACGGGGACGGUCGCUACUUGAAGCUGCCCCAGCUGGUGGACAUGGCUGCACAGAUCGCCGCGGGCAUGGCUUACAUCGAGCGGAUGAACUACAUCCACCGGGACCUGCGUGCUGCCAACAUCCUGGUGGGCGACAACCUGGUGUGCAAGAUUGCCGACUUCGGCCUCGCCCGCCUCAUCGAGGACAACGAGUACACGGCACGGCAAGGUGCCAAAUUCCCCAUUAAGUGGACAGCCCCAGAGGCGGCCCUCUUUGGGAAGUUCACCAUCAAGUCAGACGUCUGGUCCUUCGGCAUCCUGCUGACGGAGCUGGUGACCAAAGGCCGGGUGCCCUACCCAGGGAUGAACAACAGGGAGGUGCUGGAGCAGGUGGAGCGGGGGUACCGCAUGCAGUGCCCGGGUGGCUGCCCCCCAUCCCUGCACGACGUGAUGAUGCAGUGCUGGAAGAGGGAGCCCGAGGAGCGUCCCACCUUUGAGUACCUUCAGUCCUUCCUCGAGGAUUACUUCACAGCCACUGAGCCCCAGUACCAACCCGGGGACAACCAGUGACCCCACGUUAGGAGGGCUGGGGGGGCCGAUCCUCCCCUUUCUGCAGGGGGUUUUGUUGCUCUCAUCGCCUUCAUCCCCUGUGAGUGCCUUUGAGGCUGUGCAGAGGGUGCCCUUGGGGGGCUUUGCACAAGGAGUUUGGACUCAGGGGGCUGCGCCGUGCCCAGCUGUGCCCCCCUCCCCCAGCACCUCUCUCAUUGCCUUCACAGCCAGCUUUGAACCUGAGAAGUGCUUUGGAUGGAGGAGGAAUGUUCCCCCCCCCCCCCCAUCCAGCACACAGGUGUCCUGAGGGUGCCCCCUCCCCAUCUCACCACCCAGCUCAGC